AUGGCGGAGAUCGAGGGGCUGGUCCGCGCCUUGCGCGAGGGCGACGACGCGGCGAAGAUGACGGCGGCGCGGGAACUGAGCAACCUCGCGUACGCCAACAGCGCCAGGGCGAUCGCCGAGGCCGGCGGCGUCCCGCUGCUCGUCGAUUUCUUGCGUGAUGGGAGCGCGGACACCAAGUGGCAGGCCGCGUGGACGCUGCGCAGCCUCGCAUACACCAACGCCGCCAACCGCGUCCUGAUCGCCGAGGCGGGCGGCAUCCCGCCGCUCGUCGAGCUCCUGCGCGACGGGAACGCGGCGGCCAAAAAUGCGGCGGUGUGGGCGCUGGCAAGCCUCGCGAGCAACAACGACGCCAACGCGGUCGCGAUCGCGGCGACCGCCGGCUUCGAGGCGCUCGUCCAGCUCGCGCGGCGCGGCCGCGUGACCGUCGGCAACGCUUUUCUUGGCCCGGUUGUGCGCAAUGCGGGCGUCCCCGCCAAGCGCAAGGCCGCGCUGAUCGUCGCCGCGCUGCUCCGCGACUGCGUCCCGGACUCGGUCCCGCGCGAGCUCAAGGCCCUCAUCGGCCCCUACCUCUAG